AUGACCAAAUUACCUCCCAAUCAGAGGGGUAUGAACAUGUUUUUUCCUUGCACAAUCUUUUCUUAUGGAUUUCUUCCACCUUUCCUUCCCCAUUCGACGCCGUGGUUCGCAAAAUCCAUUGGUUUGUUGUCUGGGCUUUCUGGAUUCUCUGCCAACCAAUUCAUAAUCUUGGAAACAAUGAAAGAUAACUUGACAGAAGCCAGUACUCGUGUCACCAAAGGCAAUGCAAAAUUCACAAUGGCAACAAAGAAAGAUGAUGUGAGCAAAGCGAGAACUUGUGUCACCAAAGGCAUUUCAAUUGGCAAAAAUCAAACUAAUUCAUCCUCUUUUAAGGGAAGAAAUGAUUUCUCUGAGGCCAUUGGGAAGUUAAAAGAACUUUCUGUGAAUCCAUCUUCACAGGACGUUCCAAGGAAAAGCUGUGAGUCAAAUUUACUGGACGAUGAGCUGAUGGAGUUUUUAGGAGAGCUUCACGAUCAUGAACUUUGCUGCAAGAACCCAAGGAAAAGGAUGGGAGAUUCAUCGAGUUCAUUUAAUCGUCGUACUGUGCACGGAUUACUAUGUCCUCCACCAGAACAUAAAGUGCUUGCGGAACAAUUAAAAGAACAGAGAAAGCUGUUCAAGGCUUCAGAGGAGAGAGCGGCUUUGGAAAUUGAAGACCUGCUUCGCAACAUGUCUCCUGUUCACAUACCCAAAUAA